AUGUGUACCUUCUCCGAAGCCUACAAGAAGCUUAUCAAAAUGAUGAAGGCGCUCAACAAGGAGGAGCUGCUAAACUACCGCAUCUUGCGCCGUUUGGAACGCCUUGCCAAAGACGUCGUCGAGAUUCAGAAAUGGAAACACUGCACUAAGGAGCGUUUGAUUGAACAGAAUAGGGCAGCGGUCAAACGCAUAAACGAAAUGGCCGCGGAGUUUCAUCCGAACUUGCGCAUCGAUUGGGAGCAGCUCCGACCCGUUAUGCAAUCUUUUCUAACUUUGGAGCGCAAAUUGGCCACUGCGGAAAUUGUAGGAACUAAAGAAACAACCCGCCUCGAAGCAAUUUGCAUAAAUCUCUGCUAUGUGAAUCGUCGAGCCAUCGGAAUGGUAGUUGAAGGAGGACCUGAGCAUAGCGAAGACUUUGAAUUUGAUUUUUCCAUGGAUCACGAAGAGCCAAUGUCACCGGCAUCUCCGACACCACAAGAUGAUGAUUUUGGCUCUCAACAAAUAUUGAAGCUAGCUGCUUAG